AUGCUGGCGCUGCUGGCCGCCGGGCUGGCGCUCGCCGUGGCCGCGGCGGCGCAGGACGUCCCGGCGCCCGGCAGCCGCUUCGUGUGCACCGCGCUGCCCCCGGAGGCCGCGCGCGCCGGCUGCCCGCUGCCCGCGGCGCCCGAGGAGGAGCUGCGCGCGGCGGUGCUGCAGCUGCGGGAGACCGUCGUGCGGCAGAAGGAGACGCUGGGCGCGCAGCGCGAGGCCAUCCGCGAGCUCACGGCCAAGCUGGCGCGCUGCGAGGGGCUGGCGGGCGGCAAGGACACCAUGGGCGACCUGCCCCGGGACCCCGGGCACCUGGUGGAGCAGCUCGGCCGCUCGCUGCAGGCCCUCAAGGACCGCCUGGAGAGCCUCGAGCACCAGCUCCGAGGGAACGUGUCUAGCGCCGCGUUGCCGCCCGGCGACUUCCGAGAGCUGCUCCAGCGGCGGCUGGGGGAGCUGGAGAGGCAGCUGCUGCGCAAGGUCGCGGAGCUGGAGGACGAGAAGUCCCUGCUGCACAACGAGACCUCGGCGCACCGGCAGAAGACCGAGAGCACCCUGAACGCGCUGCUGCAGAGGGUGAGCGAGCUGGAGCGAGGCAACAGUGCGUUCAAGUCGCCCGAUGCGUUCAAAGUGUCCCUCCCGCUCCGCACAAACUACCUGUAUGGCAAGGUCAAGAAGACGCUGCCCGAGCUGUACGCCUUCACCAUCUGCCUGUGGCUGCGGUCCAGCGCCUCGCCCGGCAUCGGCACCCCCUUCUCCUACGCGGUGCCUGGCCAGGCCAAUGAGAUUGUGCUGAUCGAGUGGGGCAACAACCCCAUCGAGCUGCUCAUCAACGACAAGGUGGCACAGCUGCCCCUGUUCGUCAGCGACGGCAAGUGGCACCACAUCUGCGUCACCUGGACCACGCGGGACGGCCUGUGGGAGGCCUUCCAGGACGGGGAGAAGCUCGGCACCGGGGAGAACCUGGCCCCCUGGCACCCCAUCAAGCCGGGGGGCGUGCUGAUCCUCGGGCAGGAGCAGGACGCCAUCGGGGGCCGGUUUGACGCCACCCAGGCGUUCGUGGGGGAGCUCAGCCAGUUCAACAUCUGGGACCGCGUGCUGCGCGCCCAGGAGAUCGCCAACAUCGCCAACUGCUCCACCAACCUGCCGGGCAACGUCAUUCCCUGGGUGGACGGCAACGUGGACGUGUUCGGGGGCGCCUCCAAGUGGCCUGCCGAGACCUGCGAGGAGCGGCUGCUGGACUUGUAGCCGCUCCUGGUCGGGGGCCGGCUCUGCUCACGCCCCGGCUGCACCGCCAGCACCUCCUGCCUGACCAGCCUGAGGCUCUACGGCAGCACGUGCCUCUGGCUUCUCUGUUCCGUACCCCGGUUUCGCUGUUUUGGGGGUCGGGUCAGAGUCCCCGGGGAAAGCCCUGAGCCGCCGGGCUGUGAUCUGACUUCCUCCUGGGGGGAUUGUAGACCCCAGGCGCUGUUCGGAACCCCUGACAAUGCUAGUGCACCCCAACCUGCCCACCCCUGGUCCUUGGUGUCUCGUGAGCUUCUCUGUGUGUCCCCUUCGCAGGCUGUACAGCCAUCCCGUCCGAGUGGCCGUGACCUUUGUGUGCUGAGUGCAUCCUGCUGCCCCCUGAGCACGUAGCACGCGGCCCCACCCCUCCUGCCCCCCAGUCCUCUAUGCCACGAACCAGGAGGCGGGCAGCCAGACGUGCCCUGCCCCCGCCAAGGUAGAGGGGGGUCUGUGGCUCCGGAGAGGGAGCCGAGAGGGGUGCUCAGGCCACAUCUUGUCCCCUCUGUCGCCUCUCCCUCGGGUCAGUGCUUUGUCACCGCAUGUGGCUUUCCAAGGCCUCUCUCUCCUCUCCAUGGUGCCAACGGUCCAGGCAGCUCGCCAGCCCCUCGGAAUGCUCUGGGGAAUGUAUGUUCCCGGUGACGGAAAAGGCCGGCCGGCCACCGGCUCCCACAGGCGAUGUCUCCCUGGUGGCGAGCGGUCGGCGCGUUUUAAUCCACGCUGGUUCCUGGGUGCACCUGACUGUCCCCGGUGCUGCCCCCGCAGUGUCCCCGGGGCCUGGGCAUCAUCGGGCUCAGAAUUUGCCUCCGGGCUCCGGGCUGCCGCGUGCGUGGAUUGGACGGAGGGGGUCGUGGCUAUUGUAAAGACAAAGCGAUGGCCUAGGGAGAUUUAUAAAGCGAAAUAUCAUAUAUUUUAUUUUUCAUACGUGUUCGAAGUGCAAAUCUGUGGAGAUCCCAUGUGUAGGGCCACGAGGACCUGCCCGUGCUGACCUUGUGUGAUGGCUCUGUGGCAGGUACCCAACGACCGGCCGUGGAGUGGUGAUUAAAGCUCACAGGAAGAGG